UAAACUCCUACAAGCUUUGUCACUUGCUGCAGCCUUAGAGAUCUUAUUUGUAUCUUUUUUAAGACCAAUAAUUUAAUACACAACGGUGUUUAAAAGUGAUAUUUUUUUACUGGAAGCAUACAUGUGCUUAUCAAAUGGAUCUAUAGGGAAGUUCUGUGUAUGAUUUCCAAGCUGCUUGUAACUGUAAGUCCAAUGUAUAGAGCUUUGCUGACAUAUAUUGUUAAUCAUCACUCCUGGGAUUUCUGAUCACAAUGAAUGGCUAUUUAAGAUGCCCAAGUUGCAACAUGACUUUUAAGUCUUCUUUGUUACUGGAAAAACAUAGAGAAAAGUUCUGUAUUGGUGGAGACAUUGGACGGGCAAGGCAAACACAGACACCUGAAGAAAUGGUUAACAGGCUCUAUUUAAGAAGAAAACCUGAAGAACAACCGAAGUUCCAUAAAAUAAGUGAAACACCAAAAGAGAAGACUACAAAAGUUAAUGAAAAUCCUACAGUGGAAUCCAGCAGGACAAAAGACCACGAGGCACAACUGCGAUAUCUAACAGAAGCUCACAGACAGCAAAUAACUGAAAUUAUGACUCAAAAUAAAGUUCUAGAAAAACAACGCAAUGAUAUCGUGCAGAGACUGAAUGAAAUAACAGCUCAAAACAGGAAUACAAGCUACCUUGAAAAAAUGCUAAAACAUUUAAAUGCUCAAGAACAAAAGAAUGAACUUCUCUUAGCAGCCAUGAAACAACAGAUUGACAUGCUGCAUUUGGAGUCUAUGAAGAGAAGAAAUCAGAGCAGACAAAGUGAAACUCCAUCCUCUCGAAAAGUAGAAAAAGUGCAGCCAUCUUUUCAGCCAACCUACAUUCCCUUUUAUGGAUAUGGCAACCUAUGCUCAGAAAUCAGUGCUUUACGGCUGACUUACUUACAGAGUGGGGGAAAUGAUCAACUGAUUUUGGCUCACCUGCAGGACCUUCUAACUGAAGCACAAGUGGUGGAGCAGAGAGAAAAACGCCUACGGACUGUUAGAAAGAAAAACAAAAAAGGCUAUGGGAAUCCAAACCUGCACUUCAACGAUAAGCUAAUUGCAUUGGAAAUGGAAAAUCAGCAACUGGAAGAUCAAAUUUUCAAAAUACAACUUCAAAGGCAAAGGAAUAUACGACUUCCCAAGACCUCAGUUAGAGAAGCAGAGAAAAGUGUACAGUUCCCAUGGUUUGUGAAAGAGCAUACUCACAAAAAUGUAAAAGCCCUAAAUGCAGAACUGGAAGUCUUAAAACAAGAACUGGAAAUACAAAGACUAAAAAAGCGGAUAAAAACAGCUGGAAUUCAGCGUGCCAAUCGUCAAACAUCUGCAUUCCACCAUAUGGAAGAACAAAAGGCAGGUACAGCAAAUCAUGUGAGAAAUUUAUUGGACUACAAUAUUGGGUUGGAGCCUGCUCCCUAUGAUCCAAUUUCUGGCUUUGUUGUAUUUUAUGAUUUUCUCCUUGGGCUUGAUCCAUCUUACCGGGUAUGUCGAUUAGCAGUGAGCUUGAGUAGUGGUGGACUGGAGAUUGGAAGUUCUUCACUCCUACCCCCUGUCUAUUGUGGAGCAGCUCUGUCCACAUUCCAUGACAGUAAGAGACAGAACACAGCUCUUUUAGCCACAAAACAGGCUGUGCCCAGAGUGCGACCCUCGCCAAAUAUAUCAUUAAUAAUGGAGCUCCAGGCAUCUGGAGGAUAUGAUCCCUAUGGCCAUGAAGUGAGCCAACUAAUCCCCCGAGGAUGGGUUAAAAUUGACAUAUUUGAUCACCAAAACAGAGUCAUAAGUGGUCAGUGGAAAGUCCCAAUUCGCAUCCUUCCAGUCAAACCUUCCCUGACAACAGGAGCGCUUAACGCUGUACCACAGCUGGAAUAUGCUGAAUUGUAUAUGCGCCUUGUCAAUGCAAGAGAUGCUGAUACACAAAGUGCAUUGCCUAUUGAAAUGAAGAAUGCCAUGUUCUACAAGUACCCACCUUUGACUGCAGCAUACAGUUUUCCAGAAGAUGCCAUGUUUCCAGCUACAUAUUACCCAUCCCACUUUUUGCCAGCUAUGCAACACACAUAUGGAAACGUAGAUUCUCCUCCUUCAAGACGAAGAAUUAUGACACAAUAGUGAUUUGUAAAAUAAAUUUGAACUGAAAAAGAUUUUCAAUUCCAAAACUGAUUGUGAUUUUUUUAUUCUGUUUACAAUAAAUAUUUACAAUUAA